AUGAUAACAAUAUUGAAAUUCGCAAUUUGGAUACUUUUUAUUGCACUGCUUAUUGCAUUUGCUUCAUCUGCAUUAAUUCCGGAAGAGCAGUAUCUGCCGCCAGCCGCCGAAGAAGAGCAAGUUGUUGCCGAACAACCUCUUGAAGAAUCAUCAGCUGCACUUGCUAAAGACGGUUAUAGAUACAAGACUGUCCGGAAACUUCGUCAUCGUCGUGAUGUUUCGGAAUUGUUUGCUCAAGGCACUCUAGCCGAAGAUGGAUACCAUUACCAUGCCCCACAGCCAUCAGCUGCACCUUUGCUAAAGGUUGCCCCAGAAUAUCUUCCACCUGUUGAAGAAGCAACUGAAAAUAAGGAGGUUGUCAAAGAAGCACCAAAAAUAUCAAACGAAUAUCUACCACCAACAAAUGAAGUUGAAGUAACUACAGAAAAGAAAGAAAUAACUGAAGCACCUUCAGCUGCUGCUGAAAUUUCAAGGGAAUAUUUGCCACCAACUGAAGCUGCAGCAGCAACUUUGGAUAUACCAAAGUUUGCAGCUGAAGAAGAAUUACCAUUAGAUGAUGAUGCUGUUAUUAUUGAAGGUCCUGAAGAAAGUUCGAUUCUUGCUGAUGAUGGGUAUCAUUACCGUAGAAUCAGGUAUAGACGUGAUGUUUCUGAAACUGUCCCAUCAGCUGGAUACGCAUACGAAGCACCAUCAGCUGAAGAUAUCAAAAGUGCUUAUAUUCCUCCAGCAGAAGUUAAAGAAGCCAUUGCUGAGCCAAGUGUAAAUGAUGAAGUUGUAAAAGAAUAUCUUCCACCAGUUGCUGAAAUUAAAGAAGCUCCCGAAACAGCUAAACUUGCUGAUGAUGGCUACCGAUACAAGACUGUUCGUAAGCUGAAGUACCGUCAACGUCGUGAUGUUUCAGAAAUUGUGUCUGCUACUCCAGUUAAAGAAGAAGUAGAAUCCACUUCUGCAGCUAGUAUUGAAUAUUUACCACCAACUGCUGAUGUGGAAGAAGUUGCUGAUGUUAAAGAAGCAUCUGGUGAUGUUCCUGCAGAAACAGCUGAACUAGCUGAAGAUGGCUAUCGUUAUAAGACAAUUCGUAAGCUCAAGUACCGUCAACGUCGUGAUGUGUCCCAUAUUGUUGCUGCUCCUGAAUCAGCAGUUUUAGCUGAUGAUGGAUAUCACUACAGAAUCCCUGAGCCAACACAAGUGAUUCCUAAGGUUUCCAAUGAAUAUCUUCCACCAUCUGCGGAAUUGAAAGAACUUACCGAAGAACCCAAAGAAGUCGUCACAUCUACCGAAGCUCCAGUUGUUGUUACAGAGUCAACUCCUGUUAUCACAGAAUCUACAACUGUCGUUACUGAAGCAGCUCCUUCUGUUACCGAAGCAACAACUACGGAAGCAACUGAAGCUCCAUCAACAACAACAACAACUACACCUAUUCCAGUGAUCUCUAAGGAAUAUUUGCCUCCAUUGGAAGAUGUUCCUCUAAUCAAAGAAGCUAUUGAAUCUCCCUCAACUACUGCCGCUCCAGUUGUGUCAAACGAAUACUUACCUCCAGUUGAAGAAAUUGCACAAAUCAAAGAAGCACCAGAAGUUCCUGAAGAGACAGCUGUUCUAGCUGAUGAUGGUUAUCAUUAUAAGGUUGGAAAGCGUUUUAGAUUUAGACGUGAUGUGUCUGAAAUUAUUGCUCCAGCAAAUGGAUAUGCUUAUGAAGCCCCAGCUGAGUCAAGUGAUGCUAUCAAUAUUUAUCUACCACCUGCUGAAGUUAAAGCAGCUGUUCCAUCUACUGAAGCUCCACAAGUUUCUAGUGAAUAUCUUCCUCCUGCUGAAGAGUCGAAAAAUGAUGCAGAAAUUAUUGAAGCUCCUGAAGAAAGUGCCGUUCUAGCUGAUGAUGGUUAUCAUUAUAAGACUGUUCGUCGUUUAAAGUACCGUAGUCGUCGAGAUGUCUCUGAAAUUGCAAUUCCAUUAGAUGGAUAUUUGUAUUCAGCUCCAGCAGUAGUUGCUGAAGAAGAAUCUUCAGUCUUAGCUGAUGAUGGAUAUCGUUAUAAGACUGUUCGUCGCUUGAAAUACCGUCAUCGUCGUGAUGUUUCUGAAUUAGUUGCCCCAGUUGAAGAAUCAGCAAUUCUAGCUGAAGAUGGAUAUCAUUACAAGACACCACCUUCUACAGUUCUUCCUAAAGUUGCCAAUGAAUACUUACCUCCUGUCGAAGAUGUUGCUGAAGUUAAAGAAGCAUUGAUCAUUGAGCCAACUAUUGCUCCAGAAGUGUCCAACGAAUACUUGCCUCCAUCUGAAGCUACCCCCAAAGAAGCAUCAACUCCAUCAAAUGAAUAUCUUCCACCAACUGAAAAUAUCAAAGGAAGUGCUGAAAUAGUUGAAGUACCUGAAGAAUCUGCUAUUCUUGCCGAUGAUGGUUAUCGUUACAAGACUGUUCGUCGCAUUAGAUACCGUCAUCGUCGUGAUGUUUCCGAAUUAGCAAAUCAACAAGCUGAAGGUUAUUCUUACAGUGCUCCAGUUGAAAUUGAGCCACAAGAAAUUCAAUAUCUGCCUCCAGUUGAAGAAGUUGCUCAAGUCAAAGAAGCUACUGAUUCUACUGCUACUUUAGCUGAUGAUGGUUAUCUUUACAAGACUGUGAAGCGUUACAGGCAUAGGGUUUGAUGGGUCUAUAUUAGAGUAUCCAAAUAAGGAUUGUGAUCGACUUAAAGUAUUUUGUUAAAUAGGUUUUUCGUUUCUGUGUUAAUAAAAUGAGUGUUUGUAUUUAAAUAAAAUGUUUAUUAAUUUUUUGAUUUCCCAGCGCGGU